CGUCCUUAAAAUUCCCGACACCACGGCACCUUCAAAGACACAGUUCCACUCGGUGUUUCUAGUCAGCGAGGGAAAAAUUCAUCGUCAACCAAAGAAUAUCUCACACAGAGAUUUAGAAAAGAUCGUUAGAUCGCUCAGGGAUCCUUUUUCCGAUCGGAGAGUUGAUUAACUGUAUGUAAAUCUCGAGUUAUUUGCAGCUGCUGAACCUUUCGACGGUUUAAUCCGCUGGGGAAAAAAUGGCGAGGAGUAGAUCGUCGUCGAGCAGGUGGAGAUACGUAAAUCCAGCGUAUUAUUUGAAGAGACCCAAGCGAUUGGCUUUGCUUUUUAUAGUGUUUGUCGGCGCCAGUUUGGUUGUUUGGGAUCGGCAGACUCUAGUUCGCGAGCACGAGGAAGAGCUGUCUAAAUUGAGUGAUGAAGUUAAUCGGUUACAAAGUCAACUUCAAGAUCUAAAAGCUGGUCAAAGUGGAGCAGGGAAGGAAAAUGAUCAUCACAUUAAUAAAGCGAGUAGGAAUUCAGGUGGUUUUGAUGAUCCAAUUGACCUUGAACGAAGAGAGAAAGUUAAAGAUGCUAUGAUUCAUGCAUGGAGUUCAUAUGAAAACUAUGCUUGGGGUCAUGAUGAACUCCAGCCUCAGUCAAAAAAUGGUGUCGAUAGCUUCGGUGGUCUUGGAGCAACUUUAAUUGAUGCUCUUGACACUCUAUACAUAAUGGGAUUGAAGGAUCAGUUCCAAAAGGCUAGAGAUUGGGUUGCACAAUCCUUGGACUUUAACAAGAACUAUGAUGCCAGCGUCUUCGAGACAACCAUAAGAGUUGUUGGUGGACUUCUCAGUUCAUAUGAUCUGUCUGGAGAUAAAGUUUUUCUUGAUAAGGCUAAAGAAAUUGCUGAUCGGCUGUUGCCUGCUUGGGAUACUCCUUCUGGUAUUCCAUUUAAUAUUAUAAACUUGGCUAAUGGGAAUGCGCAUAAUCCUGGGUGGACUGGGAUUCUGCCACAGAGCAGAUUGAAUUCAUUGCACUUUCGCAACGUACCGGUGGAAAAUGUCAUUAUUGAGCUUAAUAAAACCUUCCCAUCUGAUGGCUUGCUUCCCAUCUACAUAAAUCCGCACAAAGGGACAAGAUCAUAUUCAACCAUAACUUUUGGUGCCAUGGGGGACAGCUUCUAUGAGUACUUGCUGAAGGUCUGGAUACAAGGAAACAAAACCACUGCAGUGAAGCAUUAUAGGGACAUGUGGGAGACAUCCAUGAAAGGUCUUCUUAGCUUGGUGCGGAGAACUACCCCAUCUUCUUUUACUUAUCUCUGUGAGAAGAUUGGAACUUCGUUAACUGAUAAGAUGGAUGAACUUGCUUGUUUUGCUCCAGGAAUGAUAGCAUUGGGAUCUACUGACUAUGGUCCUGAUGAAUCUAAGAAAUUCUUAUCUCUGGCUGAGGAGCUUGCAUGGACCUGCUAUAAUUUCUACCAGUCCACGCCAACAAAAUUGGCUGGAGAAAACUAUUUUUUUAAUUCAGGACAGGAUAUGAGUGUUGGAACAUCUUGGAACAUAUUGAGGCCAGAGACAAUCGAGUCACUCUUUUAUCUGUGGCGUUUGACUGGAAACAAGACAUAUAAAGAGUGGGGCUGGAAUAUCUUCCAAGCAUUUGAGAAAAACUCCCGCGUAGAAUCGGGAUAUGUUGGAUUAAAGGAUGUGAACACUGGUGUGAAAGACAACAUGAUGCAGAGCUUUUUCUUGGCAGAGACACUGAAAUAUCUAUACCUCCUAUUUUCACCCCCUUCGGUUAUUUCCCUUGAUGAAUGGGUUUUUAACACGGAGGCUCACCCUAUAAAAAUCACGACCCGCCAUGACCAAGUGAAUACAUUGGGAAGGUUUAGUGGAAAACAGAUAGAAAUUCGAUCACGUGCCAGGAAAGAAGGCCGGUUUAAUGGCAACUAGAAAAAGAAAAAUAAAAAAAAGAAACUUAGAUUUAUUUGUAUCAUUAGAUAUAUGUUACUUGAAUCUUGAGGGCCUAGAAAUAGAAAAAUCGAGGAGAGCUUUAAGAAGCAAAAUUGUUAUACGGGCUCGUGCAGGUUUUUUUGGAUGAUUCUCACGGUUGAACUCCUGAACAUCCUUUUGAUUUGUAACAUUAGCAUAUGUAUGACUGAAUCUAAACUGUUUACUGAAUUUCGUAUACUGUUUUGUACUUUUAGGUGCAGAAUUUGUUUUAAUGAAAUUUACGGCCUUUGCUUGAGAGUUGUGGUUUUCUGAAUUGACAGUUCUGCAGAAUGCAGAUGAGAGUGUUAUUAUUGUUAAGCUAUUGAACUCUUGUGGUUUUUGGGAUUUGUAUUUGCA